GUUUACUUAGAAAUUAGAAACUUUGAGUUUUUUGAUUUCAAAACAGCAGAUUUUUUUAUUAGUUCAAUUUACUGUGGGUAGCGUACCCUGGGUUGCACCGCGAAUACAAAAAGCCAUCAUCAAUGGAGCUCCGAUUCACCAUGGCAACGGCACCAUAAAAAGCAUCAUGGCGGCAGAAAGCGCUUAAGAGUGAGGCACACUUUACGUUCUCAACUCAACUUUAUUUAUAUAGCGCUUUUGGCCAUUUUCAUUGUUACAAAGCAGCUGUACAUGAGACAUAUUGAAUACAAGAAAAACAACUAAAGGCUGUAAAAACAAGAAAAAGGUGAAACCAACAAAAGACAGACAUACAAAUGCUCAACACACAAUAUGCAAACAUACUUACACACAUUGACAUCAUCAUCAUCAUCAUCGGCUGUCACUCGUGGUCGAGUAUGACUGUCCUCCUUCUUGGUCCUUUUUGGUCUUCAAAUGAGCAUAGAGGCCGAUUCUAGACCCGAUUGUUCUUGUGCAGUGCGGGCAGGUUAAGGUGGUGUUGGGUUUGAACUGGACCUUUUUGAUGGAUGCUCUCUCCUUUCUGAGUUUGCGUUUGUGCUCUGCAGCGUGGUGGAGCUCUUCAUUAUAUAGUGCAGUGCCCUCAUGGACAAGGAUUCUCCAUGAUGCCCUAUUUUUUUUGUCAUGUCCUCCCAAGUCUAAAGGUCUAUGUGGAACUUUUUGAUGUUUGUUUUAAUGUUGUCCUUAUACCUCUUCUUUUGGCCUCCUGGGGCACGUUUUCCUUCAGUAAGCUGGGAGUAAAGGACUUGUUUUGGGAGGCAAAAGUCAGGCAUACGGACAACAUGUCCGGUCCAUCUGAGCUGGAGUAGAGCAAUGGUAGCAGUGAUGGUGGGGAUACCAGCCUCCUUCAGGACGCUGGUGUUGGUAGGCCUAUCCUCCCAACUGAUCCUGAGGAUUUUCCGGAGGCAUCUCUGGUGAUGACACAUUGACAUAGACGCACACACGCAAACACACUCGCACACACGCACAGUGAAAGCACACAUUUGGGAUAAAGGAGAGAGAACCACAGAACAAAUAUUAAAGGGACUAUAAAUUCUUAUAUGCAAUAUUAAUUAUGUUUAACUUCUAAAUUCUAAAGCAGCCCCCCCGGUCAGGCAAAUAGUGCAAAACAAUAUGCAAACGGUGGCGAGGAACCCAAAACUCCAAUCGAGAAAAAAAACCUCAGGAGAACACAGGCCCAACCAGGGGAUUCCAGUUCCCCUCUGGCAAAAGCUGCUGCCUCUGCACAAGCUCAACAGUGCUUGCACAACAAGGCUUAAUAAAUAAACUUACGAAUAAGCUCUUGUCAGGUCAUCGCUUCCCAUUCUCAGCUCUGCCAUCAGGUCUGGGCAUGAACUGCAUCCUGCGGUAACCUUGAAAACAAAAAGACAAGACUUAUAAGUUCUGCAUAUGGUGGAUUUACCUGGUCUCAUGGGUAAGACGUACCUCUGCACACUUUUUGCAGCGCCACUAAAUACGUUCUAGCAGGUACAUAUUUCUACAGUUUUACGACACGAAAGUCCACUGGGGGCGCUAAAGAGAAGACCUCUGUGUGACACAUCGAUGACGGUCGACUCCACAUACAACACGAUUGAGCGUCAGAGAGAUGCCGGGAAACACACAGAAAUUGUGCCCCGGGUGCAACACCCUGAUAAGUGUUGCAUUCAAGACAUGCCCACUUUGCAAACAACUCCAGCCGUACAAAACAAAAGUUGCAAAAAAGAGAUGCAACUUUCAAAAUAAGAAGGCUGAAUGGAAGAAGUCAAUCGAGAAAAACAACAACAGGACAGUUGUACUUAAUAGCUGCCAUGUAAUGCUUGACAAACUUGCUGCCCUUGAUUUCUUCCCCAUACUACUUUUGGGAAAGAAAUUAAAGGGAAAGUUGGUGGCCGAUGCCAUCCUUGGAGGGGAUUACGUUUUGGAUCCCGAUUUGUUUCAGAGGGUUAAAUUGAUGUAUGAAGCAGUGCUAAAGAUUCAUUGUCAAAGACAGAAGAAGGCCACAAGUAGCACAGAAACUACUGACCCUCCAGAAGCUACUUCCACCAGCCCUCCAGAAGCUACUGCCACCAGCCCUCCAGAAGCUACUGCCAUCAGCCCUCCAGAAGCUACUGCCAUCAGCCCUCCAGAAGCUACUGCCACCAGCCCUCCAGAAGCUACUGCCACCAGCCCUCCAGAAGCUGCUGCCACCAACCCCCCAGAAGCUGCUGCCACCAGCCCCCCAGAAGCUGCUGCCACCAGCCCCCCAGAAGCCGCUGCCACCAACCCCCCAAAAGCCGCUCCCACCAGCCCCCCAGAAGCUGCUGCCCCCAUUCCCCCAGAAGCUGCUGCCACCAGCCCCCCAGAAGCCGCUCCCACCUGCCCCCCAGAAGCUGCUGCCACCAACCCCCCAGAAGCCGCUCCCACCAGCCCCCCAGAAGCUGCUGCCCCCAUUCCCCCAGAAGCUGCUGCCACCAGCCCCCCAGAAGCCGCUCCCACCAGCCCCCAAGAAGCUACUGCCACCAGCCCUCCAGAAACCACUGCCACCAGCCCCCCAGAAGCCACCAGCCCUCCAGAAGCCACUGCCACCAGCCCCCAAGAAGCCACCAGCCCUCCAGAAGCCACUGCCACCAGCCCCCAAGAAGCCACCAGCCCUCCAGAAGCCACUGCCACGAGCCCCCCAGAAGCUACCGGUAUUGAUAUCACAGGCUCAUCAGAAGCCACAAGACCCCAGGCCCAGAAGGCCAAAAAUAGACCAAGAAAUGAAGUACACUAUCCAGUCCAACAGAUGGAAGCCAGCAAGAAAAAGAAAAAGUAUGAGUGUCCAGAAUGCUGUAGGAGAGUGAGCCAAAACAACUUUGAUUACUCCAAGGUUUUGAAAAAAAGAGUGAGAGAGGGAACAGAGGAGGUCCUCAUUCGUUGGGUUCCAUGCAAGACCAGAUCUGAAAGUGGUCGGGAUGUGAAUACAUUUCAGAAUGUUAUUGGAAUAUGCAUUUGUGUUGGGGCUUGGUUGGCAGCCAGAGAGAAUUCCCACAAAUCCUGCAAGAAGGUUUAUGAGGAGCAACUGGAGUUGGCUGUCUGCAGGCACGUUGAGCAGAGAACAUCACAAUGCUGCUGGUUCCAUCUUAGGGCAGGAAGUGGAGAAGUAGUUGACUUCUAAAGCUAUAUAGAUCCCCCUUGGGACCUGGAAACCCUGAAUGCUCACCUUCACCUGGAAAUGAGAGCAUGGGCAGAUGGUUUGGGUGACUUGACAAAGGAUAUGCAGUCAACUGUCUUCUCAAUCGGUGGUACCACUCACUCAGUAGUCAACACAAACAGGCUGUAAAUGCAUACAGCAGUAUAGCCGUUAUGGAGGACAUUCAGGACAACUCUCCGGUGCUGAAGAUGUGCACAAAAAAGACUUUCCUUUCUAUUAAACAGCCCUUUUUUUGAGGUGAUUUACUCUAGAUAGGGCUCAUUACAAACCCAACUGUUUGAAAAUAGUGCACUUAGAUUUUUUAUUUUUGAACUAAAUCUACUAAGUGUUGUCACACAUAGCUUACAGAUAAUCAAGGCCAAAGGUCCAGCACAUAUAGAAUGGCAAUUCUAAGCUAUUAUUAAGAUAAACUCAAAAAUUGAAGAAGGAAUUUGCAAAUACUAAUAUUGGACUAUUAUUAUUAAUUUGGUUCAGCUUUUUUGUGACAACAAAGCUGUAGUUUCUCCAGACUGGCGUCACUACAUAGCAAGUUAAUCAUGCUAAUUUCUUAAAUAAUCCUAUUACAAAGCAUAAUUUGUUUUUCACACGCUUAAAUUGUACAGAUUUUAAGGGAAAAUAUUUUGUGUAUUAUUGUGUGUGUGUAUGUAUCUAAGCUAUGAUUGCAAUAGAAUGUGGAAAUGUC